GUCUUUGCUUCCCCCCCUUGCUUUUCCUUUUCUUCCUCUCGUGCUUGCAUUGGCUACCGAUGGGGGCCACUUCCCCUUCAGGCCUGGAGCUCACCAUGGCUGUCCCCGGCCUUAGCUCCUCCUCUGGCUCAGAGGGGUUUGGGUGCAACGGCAACGGGAACGGGAGCAACAUGAGGGACCUGGACAUGAACCAGCCGGCUAGCGGCGGCGAGGAGGAGGAGUUCCCGAUGGGCAGCGUGGAGGAGGACGAGGAGGAGCGCGGCCCCGGCGCCGGCGUGCCCCACCGUCCCAAGAAGCUGCGCCUCUCCAAGGAGCAGUCCCGCCUCCUGGAGGAGAGCUUCCGCCUCAACCAUACCCUCACGCCGAAGCAAAAGGAGGCCCUGGCUGUCAAGCUCAAGCUGCGGCCCAGGCAGGUGGAGGUCUGGUUUCAGAACCGCAGGGCAAGGACCAAGCUGAAGCAGACGGAGAUGGAGUGCGAGUACCUGAGGCGCUGCUUCGGUUCGUUGACCGAGGAGAACCGACUCCUCCAGCGGGAGGUCGAGGAGCUGCGCGCGAUGCGGGUGGCCCCGCCCACCGUGCUCUCGCCGCACACCAGGCAGUCGCUCCCGGCGUCCGCGCUCACCAUGUGCCCGCGCUGCGAGCGCAUUACCGCGGCCACAGGCGCCCUCGUCGCGCGCAACGCUCGCCCGCUAGCAGCGUCCCCCUUCCACUCGGGCUGCCCCUCCGCGGCGUUUUAGGGCUAAAAGUUUGACGUGCUAGUGGCAAUGUAAGGCGAUCGGUCGGUAAAA